CUCUAGCUAACCAGAUUAGACGUCUAAAUCGGAUGAGGAUGGAGUUGGCUGUGACUGUUGGGUGUUGUUUACAUGUCUAACAGCAUUCUGAGGCUGGUUUGUCUUUAAGAUUUUUGUAUAUAUUGGUGUCGCGUGUUGGACGGGUGCCGCUUGGAGAAAUUAGCGCAUUUUUAAAGGUUGCAAUGAUGCACCGCAGACCCCGUUUGGUUUACAUGAGCAAGUGCACACAUCUAAAUGUCUUAUUUCCGGUAUUUUUUGACCAUGGUCCCGAAGGAAACGACUACCUGCGACAGCAGUGAGAAAGCAUUCCAGUCUCUGCCUUCCACAAGAGAAAGCAACUGAAUUACGAACAAGAAACAUGCCCACCACCGACAGCUUCCACAACAGGUCCUCUCUUCUCUCAAAGAUAAGGAGUCAAGGCCAGCCACACAAUCCUCACGUGAACAAAAGAGAGGAUUUACGUAAAAUGUGGUUGCCAGCAGGCAACAGGGACAAUCACUGCCCCGUCUGUUUACAGAUCGCCAGCUAUCCCGUAGAGACCAACUGCGGGCAUCUAUUCUGUGCACCAUGUCUGAUAUCUUACUGGAAACAUUGCUCCUGGUUAGAUGCCAUCAGCUGUCCUUUGUGCAGACAGACGGUGAAUAAGAUGUGCCAUCUCUUCAGAGAGACCAGAACUGACUGUAAAGAGACAGAAGUGCUCAAACAUGUCAGAGACUAUAACAAGCGUUACUCUGGAGCACCAAGACAGGUAAAGGAUUACCUGUGCGAUACACCCCUCUUCCUGCUCUUUCUGGUGCGAUGGCUGGGGAACAUGGGCGGCCUGGUGUGGCUGUUUCUCUUGAGGGUGGCUGUCUGUGGAUUUGGCGCUGCCAUGUCUUUGGCCUCCCCACUGGAGACUCUUCCUGGGCCGCUGAGCAGUGUGCUGGGCACGCUGGAUGAUUUUGUAGUGGUCUUCCUUCUUCUCAUCUGCCUUAUUAACAUCAACCAACAGAUGGGGCCGCAGAGGACAAGAACACACUCGGUCAUGCAGGGUGUGCUGACCGACACGUUGUAGAGGACAGUGAUGAUGU